CUCUUCUUUUUCUUCUUCUUUUUCAAUAAUAGAGAGAGAAAAUAUCAAAAGCUUCAUGGGAGAGGAGACCAGAAUAGUCGCCGGUGGUGAAUUCAUCGACGACAAGUCGCCGGAGCUUGACGCCGGCGCACUCUUUGUUCUCAAAUCCAAAGGUUCGUGGGUACACUGUGGAUACCACUUAACGACAUCGAUCGUAGCGCCGGCGUUACUGAGUCUGCCGUUUGCGUUAUCGUUAAUGGGAUGGGAAGCUGGAGUUGCGUUUUUGGCGAUUGGAGGUCUCGUUACAUUUUAUUCAUACAAUUUACUUUCUUUGGUACUCGAACACUACGCUCAACUCGGUCACCGCUUCAUCCGGUUUCGUGACAUGGCCCACCACAUAUUAGGGCCAAAAUGGGGUCGUUAUUUCGUGGGUCCAAUUCAAUUCAUGGUAUGUUACGGUGCAGUGGUUGGCUGCACUCUUCUUGGAGGGCAAUGCAUGAAGGCAAUGUAUUUGUUAUCGAACCCUAAUGGUUCGAUCAAGUUAUUCGAGUUCGUGAUAAUAUUUGGAAGCUUCAUGCUGAUUUUAGCUCAAAUACCGUCUUUUCACUCGCUAAGACAUAUUAAUUUGGUCUCUUUGAUUCUUUCCCUUGCCUAUAGUGCAUGUGCUACCGGUGCCUCUAUUUACAUAGGAAAUUCAUCAAAGGGGCCAGAGAAGGAUUACUCCCUAAGCUACAACCACCUAGAUCCCCAAUCUCGCAUUUUCGGGAUCUUCAAUGGUAUUGCCAUUAUUGCCACCACAUUUGGAAAUGGAAUCAUUCCCGAAAUUCAGGCGACAUUGGCACCCCCGGUUAAAGGAAAGAUGUUCAAAGGGCUAUGUGUUUGCUACACGGUUGUGACAAUUACGUACUUCAGCGUUGCGGUUUCAGGAUAUUGGGCAUUUGGAAAUCAAACUAAAGGACUCAUCCUAAGCAACUUCAUAAACAACGCGGGAGAACCUCUUGUUCCGAAAUGGUUCAUCUUCAUGACCAAUGUCUUCACCAUCCUUCAACUCUCAGCUGUUGCAGUGGUUUACUUGCAGCCAACCAACGAAGUACUCGAAAGAAACUUCGGGAACGCAAAAAGUGGCGAGUUCUCAGCCAGGAACAUCAUCCCCAGGUUGAUUUGUCGCUCUAUUUCCGUCAUCAUCGCGACAACAAUAGCCGCCAUGCUUCCCUUCUUUGGAGACAUAAACGCGGUAAUAGGCGCUUUCGGGUUCUUACCUCUCGACUUUGUUCUACCGGUUAUCUUCUACAACUUGACCUUCAAACCAUCCAAGAGAAGCCUCCUUUUCUGGCUUAACAUUACAAUUGCGGUCGUGUUUUCAGCACUAGGAGUCAUAGCAGCCGUGGCGGCUGUUAGACAAAUCAGUCUCGACGCCAAGACUUAUCGCCUAUUCGCUAACAUAUGAUUUUAAUACAUUCCAGUUCGACACCACCAUAAAUAUUAAAUUUAUCUAAAACAUGUCCCCAAAAGAUGUUGAAAUGGUCUUUACCUAAUAGACCAAAUAUACCAUUAUGAAAAGUAAUACCACAGAUUAUUUGCCACUUCUCGACAGAGAGUUUCA